GGCCUGUUCUUCUCGCGAGCUGUCGCCAACACCGCCGCAAGAUGGCGGAAGCGUGACCUUAUUGAAACUUGGUUGCCGUAAACAUGGCCGUAAAACCUCAAUCGGCAAUGAAAAGUGCGGAAGUUAGCAGCAACACUUUGAAAGGACGCCACCGUCUCUCAAGUUGCUCCAAGAUAGCGUAGGAAAUGUUGAAAGAGUUGGUGAAGGAGCGGCUCAUGGCGGCGGCCGAGGAAAUAUUUGCCGUGUUUGAAAGAACGAUAGCCUCGUACGAGGAGGAACUUUUUCGAACGAGAGAGGAGAACGAGCGACAGCGACAACAACUUGAAGCUGUUUGGAAAACGCAAAUGGCAAUCCACGUCGAAGACGUUGGUCAUCAGGAAGAAGGUCCCCCCCAUCCGCAGGCGGGGAGCUCCACUUUGGAGUGGGAGGAUCUCCAGCCCCUCCACGUUAAAGAGGAAGAGGAGGAACUGUGGAUCACUGAGGAAGGAGACUAUGUUCCAGGGUCGAAGGAGCCUGCACCGGCAGGUGUCUCUGUGAAGACCGAGGAGCAUGAAGACAAACCACCCGAGUCCUCACAGCCUCAGCACAGUCCGAGUGAGCAGAACGGAGGGGCGGAGCCUCCAAGCGGCACACCGGAAGCUGAUGAAGACCACUUGGAUGAAGACAGCGAUACGGACUGUGAAGGCGAUACGAGGACUAAAAAGAAGACGGGUAAAAAACGUCUGACCUGCUCAGUUUGUGCUCAGAGAUUUACUCGGAAGGACAAUUUGACUCGGCACAUGAGGACGCACACGGGAGAGAAACCUUACGCUUGCUUGGUUUGCGGCAAGCGAUUCUCUCUCAGCGGGACGUUGCUGUCGCACAUGAGUACGCAUACGGGAGAGAAACCUUUCAGCUGCUCAGUGUGCGGGAAACACUUUUCCCUCAAGGACAGUUUGAGUCGGCACAUGAGGACGCACACCGGAGAGAAGCCGCACUCCUGCUCCCUCUGUGGCAAAACCUUCACGCGGCACGACGCCCUGACGGCGCACGUGCGCACACACGACAGGGAAGCGAGGUUUUCCUGCCCGGUUUGCGCUGAGACGUUGUCAAAUCAUAGAAGCGUGGUGUCACACAUGAGAGGUCACCUGGAAAGUGAUGAUGUGAUGUGUGUAUGACGAUGUCAUGUGUUAUUAUUAUUGUUAUUAUUUUGCAGGUGUUCCAAUUCUUGUUAAUACGUCACGGGUUUGUGGUGUGGCAAUAUUCAAUGUUAUGCUAGCCUCAUAGAACUGAAAUAACGACUGUUAAA